CUUUGUUUGCUUUGGCUUUAAUAUUUUGAGCCCCUUCCCUGGUUUGAGACAUUGGACUAUUUCACUUUAACCCUUUGAAAAUAUUCCGUCCCUCACCUUGCAAUUCUAAGCUUUCUCUGUUUUUGUUUUACAGUGCUCAGUACAGAAUUAAACCAGCUGAUGACCAUGAAAGAUUCCAGCCUCUUCUUUCACAGCCUCCUAACAAUGAAUGUGUGCUAAAAUAGCUCUUCGGGGACACAGAGCACUGUUUAAAGUCGGUAGCUCAUUACUUCGUACAUUAUCCAAUCACCAGGUUCAGACAGUCGUUCUGUGGCAUAUUUAGGGAUAGGGAGAAUUCUUUCUAGGAAAAUUUAGGAUGGCACAUGCUCGUAUCUCAGCCAGCCUCCCCCCUGAUAUAGAUCCCACAAAAGCUCCUAUUGCGUUUGGAAGGAGGGCCCUUCCUAAACUGCGUGAGGAGUUACAUUCCCCUGAGCUGCUGACACAGCAGCGGGCAUUGAUGGCGCUCUGCGAUCUGGUUCAUGACCCAGAAAAUGUCUACCAGGCAAUAGAAAUAGGAUUCUUGGAUAACCUGAAGACUUUGCUGCUACAUCGCGACAGUACUGUCCGACAAAAAACAACAGAAAUCCUCUGUAUAAUGGCUAUGCAUAAUGUUGGCAGGCAAGGGUUGAUACAAAAUGGAGUGAUUUCGGCCCUCACUGAGCUCUUGGAUGAUCCAGUAGAUAUCUGUCGGAAGAACACACAUCAGAUUUUUGAAAUGAUGGCAAAAUUAUAUGAAGGGGCUGUUGACAUACUGCGUGCUGGUUUGAUUCCCUUACUCGUAUUCAAACUGGAGACUGAGCCGGAUGAAAUCCAGGAGCUAAUCCUUGAUACGCUCUCCAACUCGCUACGUGUGGAGGCUUCUGAAGCUCUAGCAACUGGUGCUGUUAUUAUCCUGAAGGAAAAGCUCACACACUCAUCAGUGGCCAUCAGAAGCAAAGCAGCUUGGGUUCUAUUAGAAAUUGGUACUCAUGCAGAGGGGAAAGGCGUGCUGUGUGAAGAGGUCACCCCCGCGCUGGUGAGCUUGCUGGAGGAUUCCGAUCCGCAAGUCCAAGCUAGUGCUGCAGGAGCGCUCAUGUUUGCUACUGUUAAACCUCAGGGGAGAUUCUCAGCCCUAGCUGCUGAAGCCAUUCCACCUUUACUGAAGUUGGUUGCUGAGGAAACCAUCAAAGCCCGUCUGAGUGCAAUCAAAACCCUCACCAUGCUGGCUGAGCUACCAGAGGGCCGCAAGACACUCCUAGAUCAUAUAGAUACAUUUCAGCAGUGCCUGAAUGAUCCCUGUGAGGCAGUGAAAAGAGCUGCCAAAAUUGCCAUCAGCGUCAUCAAAUGGAAACCUUGCUGAAGACAUGAUGUUUCAUAGAGAUCUAUUGCCCUCUGUUGUUGUCUGGCUGUAAAAGUUGUGUGAUUACAUGAGACCUUCAAAAACAAAACUCUUUUCCUCGGUUACUCUGGAUCAGUUCCUCCUGAGAAGUCAUUUGUCAACAGUUUCACAUCUAUAUUGCAGGUCACGAGCAGAGUAAUGGGGAAAAAGAAAAGUUAGGAGGUCUAGAAUUCUCCACUAGGAGUUAUUUCCUGAGUUACUGAGA